CUGUCAUAAUAAGAGUGUUGUCAGGACUCUAAGGCGUCAGUGAAAGUACUGCAGACAUCAGAAGAGACUCGACUUCAACCAAGAACCAACAUGUUCAAACCUCUGCCUGAUCCAUCAGCUGCUCAGUGAGUCUAUAAAUACGAGCUGCUCUCAGUGGAUCCUUCAUCCUGAUCAGUGCUGCUGGAUUCAUAUCAUCACUGCUGCUGCUGCUGUUCUUUCAGUCCAGAGAAUCCAGAGGACGUCUAAGCUUCCAUCAUGUGCACUGCUGACCAGCUGCUGUCACUGAUCUUCAGCUGGAUCGAGAAGAGGGAGUGCUGUGCAGACAAACUGAGGAAACUAGCCGGAGAGUUGGAGUCUCUCAGAGAGAAAUGCAAAGCUGGUGAAUGUGUUGGCAGCUCUGUAGCGGUGGCUGGAGCAGCAUGUGUGAUUGGCGCUGGUCUGGCAACGCUGUUCACAGCCGGAGCUGCUGCUCCGUUUUUAGGGAUCUUGGGAGCUACUUAUACAGGUGUCGGCAUCACAGUCUCUGUGGCUGCUAAAAUCACAGAGGCCUUCAUAUCCAGCGACACCAUGAAAGAGGCGAAGGAAGUAGAAAAAAGAAGCAAUGAAAUUGCAGAUGAAAUCCAGCAGCUGUUUGACAAACUGAAGGCCGAGGCGAAGGCAGAAAAUCCCUCCGCAGAUCCUGAUGAACUGGACCGACUCGUCACAUGCAAAAUCCUGACUUCAAUGGCAAAAAGAAGUGGAGUGAAGGGUCGAGUCAGCAUCCGUUCGUUUAAUGGCAAGCCAGAAUUUUUUCUAGAAGGAACACCAAGACUGUCAGAGAUCAACAACAAACUUAUGAUGGUUCAAGUUGCUGGUGUUUUGUCAUUUUUCGCAUUUAAACUAAGUGGGAAAGAAUUUCAGCUGUUGUUUGCUGAAGGAGUUAAACAACUAGUUAAACAAAUGUCCACAGCCGCCUUUAAAACUGCCCUAAAAGGAGGUGCCAAGGCCGUGGGAGGAGCUGUUCUACUGGUUUUUGCACUUGAUGAAGCAAUUGACAACUGGAAAGAUAUGAUCAAGAAGAAUCAUGUGACUGAAGCGAGCCAAUCACUGAGAGACACGGCCCACAGUAUCCGACAGGCCACCCAGACGCUAAGGGAACAGCUGGACAGCAUCAAGAAGGUGAUGGAUGAGAUGGCGAAAUAUCAACGAGAGCAAGAGGAAAAGGAAAAGAAAAGAAAGGCAGAGGAAGAACAAAAGGAAAAGAAAAGAAAGGAAGAGGAAAAGGAAAAGAAAAGAAAGGCAGAGGAAGAACAAAAGGAAAAGAAAAGAAAGGCAGAGGAAGAGGAAAAGGAAAAGAAGAGAAAGGGAAGAGGCAAUGGAGGAGAAAGAGCAGAGUCAGGGAGGAGAUGGAUCAGAGGCCAGCAGCAGGGACAAGGAUGUAGGGUCUUUACAGGCACUGGAGGUGAAAAGCAGAGACGUAAAGCUCGAGUUGAGUGGAGCAGUGACUUUAGCAGUGAUACCAGCAGUCAGAAGACGGUCUCGGAGGAUUCAGCACCAUGGUGCAACAUGGGGCUUUUCAAUGCUCGCUCCAUCAACAACAAACAGUUAAGGAUUUCUAAUUUCAUACAAAAAUUCGACCUGGACAUCUUGGCAAUGACUGAGACGUGGCUGACAGAGGAAAACGGAGACCAACGCCUGGGUGAAAUUUUGACAGGAGAGUUCACGUUCUACCACCAGCCAAGGGUAGACCAAAGAGGGGGAGGAGUCGCCGUCGGGCACUCAAAUGAGCUGGAGGGAACAAGGGUUCAAUUAGACGAGCCCUUCGAGUCCUUUGAGUACGUGGCCGCAGACCUGCGCCAUGAUGAGUGGGACCGACCCAUCCGGAUCAUCACUGUUUACCGCCCACCAGGAGGAAACAUGGAGAAUUUCCUGGAGGAGUUUGAGAACCUCCUGGAGAAGUUUCCUGAAGAUGACAGCAUCCUCAUCACUGGAGAUUUCAACAUCAAGGUCAAUGAUAUGAAUAAUAAGCAUGCAAAGAAGUUUAAAAAACUCUUGGAGGACAACAACCUCCAUCAGCAUGUAGAGCAAGCAACGCACAACAGAGGUAACACUCUGGAUCUGGUCAUCACCAGAAACGUUGAGAUCUCUCACCUCCGGGUGAAAAAGCCCAAGCCCAAGACCAACGAGGUGACCGAGAGGAACACCACAAUAUCAGAUCAUUGUGCAAUAAUGUUCAGUGUGCGUCCAACGAAUAUGGGAUCCCCUCGUCAGCCAUAAGGAUGGAAUUAUGAAGGAGCAGCAGCAAAAUGAGAGAGCACAGUAUGAUAUUAUAACCUGUGAUUUAUAAUGCUAUAUGCUAUAACCUAAUGAAUGUGUGAACUAACCAAAUGCUUACUUUGUUACUUUUUAUCUUCUUUAAUUUUGAAACAGUGUAAAAAUCAGAAGAGUGCCUCAUUCAGAAGAAUGAUGGGUUGAUUAUUUUUUGGAAAAAUGUCUUUUCUUUAUACAUUUUUAUAAGUUGAUUGUUCCUUUAAAUAUGUCCUUUUUACAUUCUUUGUGUUUUUCAAAAGCAUAUUCCUGAACCUUUGUAUUAGAAGUGACCACUUGAGGGCAGCACCUCACUGGAGCAGUGAGGGCCUUGGUUACCAGAGGGGUCAGGAGGUUAGGGUUUACUAUUACUAUAGAAAUGAGAAUGCUUUCAAGGUUUUGAUUACUGUGAAAUGUAGAUGUUUACAGAAGAGUCUGAUCACCCUGGGACGAUGUAAAUUAAGGUGUGCCGUCAACACGUAUGUAAAUGAGAAUAAGAUGUUAUCACAUAUGCAAAAGUAAAGAGAGUUGCAAUGUAUAACAUGCACCUGUUGGAAGGAAUUUGUGGGAGUUGUUGCGGGGUCGCCACCUGCUGAAAUCCAGACAUCAGUUCUGAGCACAAGGGAGGAAAAAAUGUUUUUGAAAAAUGACAAAGUUUUGUCUAAAUCUGACAACUCUGAAAUUGUCCAACAUGACUUGGAAUGUGUCUCAAAUGACUCAAAAGACCUACCCUGAAAAUGGUUCCUUUUAGAGUCUUUUUUUGUUGUUACCAGCAUUCUGUGCAGCAUCACGUUGCCUAAAGGAACCAGUGAUGGUUCUGAGGAGUUCUACAGAGAACCAACAGGCCUCCAUCAGUCUACAAAAAAAGAUCCAAAAGCAUGAAGAUCAGCUGAAUUAAAUCACUGUUGAUCACAAGCUGCAAUGUAAAAUAAAUCAUGCUUUUUUAACAUUUUGACUGCAGUUUGUAAAACAAUUUACUGAUAUUUUACAGAUUUUUAAUAUUUUUGUUAAAUUACGCAUCUGUGGAAUAAUCAAAUAAUGAAAGUAUUAAUUUAAUGGUAAUUCAUAAAGACAAAGUUGUCAAUAAAAUGAAAAUGUCUUUUUGUUUUACAUUUCAUUUACAUGUUGACUGUAAAAAGAAGACUGAAUGUCCACAUCAGUAAUCUGUAUUUUUACCAAUUACAAUUUUAUUAACUUCAAUGAAAUUACUGUGGUAUCUGAUCUGUUACAUGUAUUACUUAAUAAGUUAGUAGUAUAGAAUCUGUUUUGUUUGUUCUAGUAUCUGAUAUGAGUUGCUUGUUAUAUGUAGUGUCUGCUCUGGUGUCUCUGACCACAGAUGGAAUCUGCAUUAUAUUCAACCCAUGCCAUGGGAAAGUGUUCUUCUGUUUACAGAGCCCUGUUGGAGGUAUUUUAUGAGGGUUCUUCGGUCUAAAACACAGAUUUAGGGAUUCUUCAGCUGUUGUAGACAAGGGGGAGUUGUUUGGGGAUGCUCGCUGCUUUCCCCAUAUGGUAGGCAAUAAAGAACCAUUUGUUUUGACCCCUCCUAUAUGUUGAAAACCUAUAAAAGUGAUCGCUGGCUAUUGUCCAGCAAGGAGGAUUCAAUUGGCUGGCUCCUUCCAGGCAGGUUCUGUCUGUACUGAUGCUGCUCUUUCUUUUAAUAAAAUACUUUUAAAGAAAGUCAGUGUCACGGACAUUUUCUCCUUCACCUGCACAUCAUGGACACCAGA